UUGAUAACGCGGAAAGCUUAGUUAUUAAGUUACGCUUGAAUAGGACGGUGUGGUGUACGUGUUUUUGUGUUUUUUUUGUUAUGGAAUCAUGACGUCUAUAAGUGGAGACGUGAACACGUCUAAGUUGAAGUUCAGUGUGGACAGUAUAUUGGGGAAUAAUGAGACAUCCUCGAGUGCUCCGGUAGAGAACCGUUCGCAGGAGCCACCGUGCGCGGGUUGCGUGGCCGCCCUGUAUCGGUGCUGUAGAGAUGAACCGCCUCUCUUGCAGUUACAACUGCCCCUGCCUUACGCACACUUGCAUCCGGCAUUGAGGCCUACUUCAGCGGUCUACCGCUUGCCUUUGCCAACAUCAUCCCCCACGCAAUCGACGGCACCGCGUUGCGACGUCUCUUCGACCGGCAAACGGAAACGUUCGUGGUCCCGGGCGGUCUUCAGCAACCUUCAACGCAAAGGCCUGGAGAGGAGGUUCCAGAUACAGAAGUAUAUCACGAAACCGGACAGGCGGCAAUUGGCUGCAACUCUGGGAUUAACUGACGCUCAGAACCGUCGGAUGAAAUGGCGGCACACGAAGGAAGGGCGGGCGGGAGGGGGUGCCGUGGCGCGGGACCCUGACUCCACGGCGAACGAUGACAACGAAGACAUCGAUGUGGAUACGCUUAGCGAUUAAUGACAAUUUGAUCGGUCAUCGGAUGUAAAAUAGAGGCAAACGUCACUUUGCGGAAGUCCAAUACAAGGAACCACAAGCUUAUAUGCUAUAAUCCGCUAAAAUAGACUCUGGUAUGGCACAAGUACAAUAAC